AUGGCGGAGGGACGUGGAGAACUACCGCCUCAGCCGCCGCUUCAACUAUCCUUACCCCCGGCCAGCAAGCGACCGUGCUUGCGCCCGGCUCCUCGAGGACCGGGUCCGGGGCCUGGUCCAGGAUAUCCGAGCUCUCGCUUUCGUUGCCCGGAAUCACUAUUGGACUGCGCUGCUAAGGCCGUGGCGGAGAAAUGGGCCUUCGAGAGGGUGGAGGAGCGCUUCGAGCGGAUCCCCGAACCAGUUCAGCGACGCAUCGUGUAUUGGUCUUUCCCGAGGAACGAAAGGGAAAUUUGUAUGUAUUCGUCGUUUCAGUGCCGUGUUGCGGGCGAAGAGGGUCCCGUAGUGGGCUCCAGCACGUCCGUUGGAUCUGGGGCUGCCCCUGGAGGGGUUACGAACACAACGAGUAGCGCAGGGGCAGGGGGUACCGGAGAUGGACUCCCUUUCCGCCGGGGUAUCCGGCUUUUGGAGACUGGUUGUGUGGAAAAUGUCUUGCAAGUCGGUUUUCACCUCAGCGGCACCGUCACAGAACCUGCCACGCAGACUGAGCCAGAGGUCACGCACAAGGUCGCCAUCAGCUUUGAUCGCUGUAAGAUCACCUCGGUGACCUGCGGCUGCGGAAACCGCGACAUCUUCUACUGCGCUCACGUGGUGGCGCUGUCCCUGUACCGCAUCCGUAAGCCCGAGCAGGUCAAACUGCGACUGCCCAUCUCCGAGACGCUCUUCCAAAUGAACCGAGACCAGCUGCAGAAACUGGUCCAGUAUCUCAUCACGGCCCACCACACCGAGGUGCUCCCCACGGCCCAGAAACUGGCCGACGAGAUCCUGUCCUCCAACUCAGAGAUCAACCAAGUCCACGGGGCCCCAGACCCCACUGCAGGGGCCAGUAUAGACGAUGACAAUUGCUGGCACCUGGAUGAGGAACAGGUUAGAGAGCAAGUCAAACAGUUUCUCUCACAGGGAGGAUACUACGGCUCUGGAAAACAACUCAACUCCAUGUUCGCCAAGGUGCGGGAGAUGCUGCGUAUGCGGGACUCUAACGGAGCGCGGAUGCUCACACUCAUCACAGAACAGUUCAUGGCCGACCCUCGACUGUCGCUAUGGAGACAACAGGGCACUGGCAUGACGGACAAGUGCCGACAGCUAUGGGAUGAAUUAGGUGCGCUGUGGGUGUGCAUCGUAUUGAACCCACACUGUAAGAGUGAGGAGAAAAGCGGGUGGCUCAAACAGCUGAAGAAAUGGAGCGACAUGGACAUCUGUCCGCUGGAGGACGGAAAUUAUGGAAGCGAGUUGCCCAACAUCACCAACGCAUUGCCCCAGAGUAACCUCGCACAGGACUCGUUGGCAAGGCCCAGAAGGACGGUGUUUACGCGGGCUAUGGAGGCAUGUGACCUGCACUGGCAGGACAGUCACCUCCAGAGGAUCAUCAGCAGUGAUUUUUACAUGUCUCCAGCAUACCAGAGAGAGGGGGAGAGUCUCCUCUUCAACCCCCAGGGGCUGCCGCUGUGGCUGGAUCACGUACCGACUGCAUGUGCCAGGGUGGAUGCCUUGCGUUCCCAUGGUUACCCCCGUGAAGCCCUGCGAUUGGCUGUGGCCAUCAUCAACACCCUCCGGCUCCAGCAGCAACGACAGUUGGACAUUUACAAGCACCAGAAGAAAGAGUUGCUCCAAAGGGGAGUGACUAACACCACUAAUCUAGAGGGUUGGGUGGGCCAUCCGCUUGAUCCUAUUGGAUGCUUGUUUGCAACGCUGACAGAGACGUGUCGAGUGGAGGAUGACAAUGCCAUGGAUACUGGAGAUUCAGGGGAACCGAAACCCCCCGUUUACCACCACGUGCCGGUGUGGGGGUGCCCCGACGGCUCAGAGUCGUACCUGGCGCUGGCUCUGGAGGUGGCGCUGAUGGGCAUGGGACAACAGAGGCUGAUGCCCGAGGGACUGUACGCCCAGGACAAGGUGUGUCGGAACGAGGAGCAGAUCGUCGCCAGGCUGCAGGAGAUGGAGCUGGACGAACUGUUGGUGCAGACGCUGCGUAAGCAGGCCAUCCUGCUUCUGGAAGGCGGUCCGUUCAGUGGACUCGGAGAAGUCAUACACAGGGAGAGUGUUCCGAUGCACACUUUCGCCAAAUACCUCUUCACGGCCCUCCUUCCGCACGACGCGGACCUGGCGUAUAAAAUCGCUCUGAGAGCCAUGAGGCUUCCUGUGCUCGAGUCCACGGCCCCCUCCGGAGACGUUGGACACCCCCAUCAUGGCAUUUCCAUAGUUCCCAGUAGAUACCCACGCUGGUUUACAAUGGGCCAUCUGGAGUCUCAACAAUGUGAACUGGCCUCAACCAUGCUCACUGCUGCUAAAGGAGACAUGUUGAGACUGCGGACUGUUCUGGAAGCCAUCCAGAAGAAUAUUCACUCUUCCUCGCUCAUCUUUAAACUGGCUCAAGACGCCUUCAAGAUAGCCACCCCCGCUGAGACCCCCCCAGACAUAACACUACUCAACGUGGCCCUGGAGCUCGGCCUGCAGGUCAUGAGGAUGACGCUGUCCACUCUGAACUGGAGACGCAGAGAGAUGGUGCGCUGGCUGGUGACGUGUGCCACUGAAGUGGGUCUGAGAGCUCUGGUGAGCAUUCUGCAGAGCUGGUACACUCUCUUCACCCCUACGGAAGCCACCAGCAUCGUGGCCGCCACCGUCAUGUCCCACAACACCAUCCUGCGUCUGAGUCUGGAUUACCCUCAGAGAGAGGAGCUGGCUAGCUGCGCCCGUACGCUGGCCUUACAGUGCGCUAUGAAAGACCCCCAAAACUGCGCCCUGUCCGCCCUCACGCUGUGUGAGAAGGACCACAUCGCCUUCGAGACGGCCUACCAGAUCGUCAUCGACGCCGCGUCCACGGGAAUGACCUACUCGCAGCUCUUCACCAUCGCCCGCUACAUGGAGCACCGCGGCUAUCCCCUACGGGCUUUCAAACUAGCCUCGCUGGCCAUGACCCACCUCAACCUGGCCUACAACCAGGACACGCACCCCGCCAUCAAUGACGUGCUGUGGGCGUGCGCCCUCAGUCACUCCCUGGGUAAAAACGAGCUAGCCGCCAUCAUCCCCCUAGUGGUGAAGAGCGUGCACUGCGCCACCGUGCUCUCGGACAUUCUUCGCAGGUGUACGAUGACGGCUCCCGGGUUGGCCGGCAUUCCCGGCAGGAGGAAUUCGGGAAAGCUCAUGUCCACGGACAAAGCGCCGCUCAGGCAGCUCCUGGACGCCACCAUCAGCGCUUACAUCAACACCACCCACUCGCGUCUGACCCACAUCAGCCCGCGUCACUACGGGGAAUUCAUCGAAUUCCUCAGCAAGGCCAGAGAGACCUUCCUUCUGGCCCAGGACGGACAUAUCCAGUUUGCCCAGUUUAUAGACAACCUGAAACAAAUCUACAAGGGCAAAAAGAAACUGAUGAUGCUGGUACGGGAACGCUUUGGUUGA